CAAGUGGAAAAGAAUAGGCAAAGGGCGCAUUGAGGUGCGUGAUUGCUACUAAAUUCGUCAUCUUCUUCCUUCUUUCUUUCUAACACGCACCAGAUCAAAAUCAUCAGCCAAUAGAAAACAACAGCAAAAAAAAAAACGAAAAAGAAAUAAACAUAUUCCAGUUAACCCACCGCCACUAGACAAGAGAGAACCAGAAACAGAGCGCUCAGAGAUUAAGUCAUUUGCAACGGAGUAAAGGAGGCGGAGAAUAUGAGCAGUCAGGGUAAACUUGUCUCCUCAAGUUCUGAAUUGGAUUUGGAUCGUCCCAACAUCGAAGACUACCUCCCUUCCGGAUCCUCCAUCCAAGAGCCUCAUGGCAAGCUUCGCCUGCGUGAUUUGCUUGACAUUUCGCCUACUCUGACUGAAGCUGCCGGUGCCAUUGUCGAUGACUCCUUCACGCGAUGUUUUAAGUCAAUUCCUCCAGAACCUUGGAACUGGAACAUAUAUUUGUUUCCUCUAUGGUGUUUUGGCGUGCUCAUUCGACAUUUUAUUCUUUUUCCUGUGAGGUGUCUAGUGUUGGCAGUAGGAUGGUUUAUAUUUCUCUCAUCAUUCAUUCCAGUGCACUAUCUGCUGAGAAGCCAUGAUAAGUUGAGAAAAAAGAUAGAGAGGUGCUUGGUAGAGAUGAUGUGCAGUUUCUUUGUUGCAUCAUGGACUGGUGUUGUCAAAUACCAUGGUCCUAGGCCUAGCAUCCGGCCUAAGCAGGUUAUGCUCUUUAAAAUGUGUCCUGCAGAUACCUUAACUAGCCCCCAGGUGUUUGUGGCCAACCAUACCUCAAUGAUAGAUUUUAUCGUCUUAGAACAGAUGACUGCAUUUGCUGUUAUCAUGCAGAAGCAUCCUGGAUGGGUUGGACUACUGCAAAGCACUAUACUAGAGAGUGUAGGGUGUAUCUGGUUCAACCGUUCAGAGGCAAAGGAUCGUGAAAUUGUAGCCAAGAAGUUAAGGGAUCAUGUUCAGGGUGCUGACAACAACCCUCUUCUUAUAUUUCCUGAAGGGACUUGUGUGAACAACCACUACACUGUUAUGUUUAAGAAGGGCGCUUUUGAACUUGGCUGCACUGUUUGCCCAAUUGCAAUCAAGUACAACAAAAUUUUUGUUGAUGCCUUUUGGAAUAGCCGGAAGCAGUCCUUCACAAUGCAUCUGCUGCAGCUAAUGACAUCCUGGGCUGUCGUAUGUGAUGUGUGGUACUUGGAGCCCCAAAAUCUGAAGCCUGGUGAGACAGCCAUUGAGUUUGCAGAGAGGGUAAGGGACAUAAUAUCUGUUCGAGCAGGUCUGAAAAAGGUUCCGUGGGAUGGAUAUCUGAAGUAUUCACGUCCGAGUCCAAAACAUAGAGAACGCAAGCAACAAAACUUUGCUGAGUCUAUCCUGCGCCGCCUGGAGGAGAAGUGACUGUACAUUGGUUUUCCAUUUCUUUAGUAGUAUUGAUCCAAACUACUGAGGCAUGUUACCAUGCCUAAUUCUAUCUUACAUUUAAAUGCAGACUUGACCAUGAAUAACACUUGAAGGAGAUGGGUUUGAGGAUUGAAAGGUUCACACCAAAUAGAAACUUGCUCGGAAUAGUUCUCCGGUACUAUCCUGACCUCUCAACUAGAGUGAAGUUGCUCAGGAAGGGCAAACUCUAAGUUGUUAGUAGUGUGUUGUUGAAUAUAUGUGCAUGAAAAAUUUUGGGAACACUGUCAAAUUUAAAUAUUCUUCCUGGUGAAACAUCCACCUCUAUUUAAUUAAUUUCCAAAAAAAUAGGAUGAAAUAUUGUUGAUGUAUAUUAUUAUUGGGGAAAGAAGGAAAAAAAGAGAAAGAGAAAAGACAGUCAUGGGGUGCAUGCAACAUUCAAGAGUCAGCUGAACGGGUUUUCUCAUAAAAAUGUUGCUUUGGCAUGCUUGGGUCUAUCAGGGUGUUCGCACUCUUGUUUUUA